CACUAGACGGAUCGAAGUCUGCAAGUUUUUUAUACUCGUACUUGGAUUCGCCAUUUUCAUGUUAACAGUAUUCGAUUCCAUUAAAUGUGAUCAAACAACUGCGCUUUGGAGCAGAAUCGCAUUGAAUAUUUUCCUAACUAGCGAUUGGUUGGAUUUAGUGGCCUUUGGAACUGGGACACUGGUUUGUGGACUGUAAAUGAAAUAACUGAACGUUGACGGUUGAAUCCACUGAACAUAAUUAAAAAAAGUUUCUCGGAUCAUUUUCGACUUUUAAAAGGAUAUUCUUUGAGGGUGCGACUCUGUUGUAUUCCUGCUGUUGUAUUCUUUGUUUACUGUAUUUAUUCAACACAUUUGAUUCUACUUGGUGACCUGUUGAACGUUGACCUCCAAUUAGCAGUCAUGCUUCAUCAACCAAUCAGAAGGUUUCGGUAGUUUUUUUUAAUGAUAUGCAGAAAUACCAUCGGCCGUCACUGAGGCAGUCGGGGUCAAGGUCGAACACCCCGUCCAGAGGAACAGCAUCGAAUCCCAACCCGACACCCCGACGUGCUGAUGGGGCCAGUGGCUCGCCUGUAACCGCCAGCAGUCCCAGCCCCAACGAAGCCCCUGUCGGCGCUGUAGCGCCCCCUGUAGCGCCCCCUGUCGACCAGGCUGCACCCCCAGACACAGUGGAGAUGACGGACAGUCUAAAGGCCAGCAAGCUUGAGCCAGCGGUAAUGGAUGGAUGUGAUACAGUUGAACCACCCCAAGACACCGCCCCGCCAACCUGCCAUUCUCGGGUUUUAAGAGACGAAAGCAACUUCAUUCAAAAUGUUGGUCAGUUUUACAACCAAGAGGAUAUCAGUGACGUCAUUCUCAAGAUUGGCAAGGAAACUUAUUUCGCUCACAAGUUUGUUUUAGCCAAGUCCAGUGAUGUCUUUCGUACUAUGCUCUACAACAAGAACUGGUCACAAGCAGGAUUGCCAGAGAUAAUUCUAGAAGAAACAGAGGAGUGCCAGAAAUAUUUUGAUACCUUCCUUCGGUUCCUGUACACAGCAGAAGUGAACAUCAACGUGGAAUCAGCCGUCGGAAUUCUGUGUCUGGCUGAUAAAUAUAGCGUUAUAUCUUUGAAGAACUUGUGUACGCAGUACAUGGUAGAGCAUACCAGAUCUCCACUGGUCAAAAACGCUCUCAACUGGUACUCCUGGUCUAAAGCCUUGCACAUGGAAGAACUCAUUCAUCAGUGCUCAAAGACCAUCGCAUGGAAUGCAGAACUGUUGCUCACAUCAUCAGAAUGGCACAACAUGGAUUUAGAUUUUGUUCGGGACAUGUUGAAGAAUGGAGAUCUAGUCAUACAAAGGGAGGACAUCCUGUACAAGGCACUCCUGCAGUGGCUCGACUCAGACGACCACAAGGAUCACUAUCACGAUUAUGCCAAGCAGUUAUUGCCCCUGAUAAGGUUUCCUCAGAUGCAGGUGAAAGAGUUGGUGUUUGUUGAAAAGGGGGAUAUGUACAAUGAUAAAGAGCUCAGACAUUUGUUGAAAAAACUAAUCAACAAAGCCUACAGAUUCCGUGCUCUUUGCCCUCACCAAUCAGAAAUUGAUGUCUCUUUCGAUCAAGAUUUUUACCUUCCCAGAAACUACACUGACCUAGCUGUUGAUAAUGUUCGAUUACAAAACACAUUGAGAUAUGGCAUACAAGUGGAUGUACGUACAUAUGUUGGGUCAGUGCCAUCUGAAUCAAGAGAUGGGGAGUGGAAAAUAACAUACAGAAAAACAAAUGAUGUCUGGACAUUACAGAUCUACUGCCAUGAGUCAGCUCUGCAGGGAGGUGAGGCCAGAGUUCAGGCUGUUCUCAUCAUCACCAAUCAAGAUGACCGGGUAGUUCAGGUGGAGGAGUCUGAAGUGACCACAUGUUGCCGUGGUCACAACCUGACCAUGAGUGCAUCUGUACCCAACCCAGAACAGUCCAAGAAUAUGGCUGUGCUUAUAAAACCUAUUCCAAAGUAGUCAGGUUUUUUUUUACAAAAUUUAAACUUUCAAACACAAAAACCUGGUCAUACAUUUGGAGUGGCCAGUUUUUACAAAAAAUGUUGACUAAAAUGUGUUAUAAAAAUAAUUCAGAAAUUGAGGAAAACUUCACAUUCCCAUUGGACAGUUGAAAGUGACAAAAACCAGUAAGGGCCUGAGAACUGACUAUAUUUGAAGCAAAUAACUUGUUGAAAAACCAUCUCCAGUAAACAAAUUUUGAAAUAAAUAUUUCAAAGUUUGUUGCUGAAGGAGCCACACAAUGGUUUUGUUUUUAAAAAAAUCAUUUGACAUCAAACUACAAACAAGGAAAAGCUCUGGUUUUUGGAGUUUAAUCUGCUUUAAAGCAUACAUUUUUCAAUAAUACAAAUUUAUAGUUGUGACAGCUUUAAUUUUCAAAUAUGUCCAGUUAUUGUAUAUUUAUGCUACUGUUGUACAAUGUAAGAUUUUACUGUUAUUUCUUUGUUAAUAGAUUUUUCUUCUUAAAUGAAGUGGCUAAUCUCAUGGCCAGAUUUCUUCAAAAUGUUAUUCCAUGUUGUUGUAAGGUGCAAUGAACAAUGUUGUUAAUGGACCAAAUCUGAGUUUCUGCUGUGACUAUUUAUUUCAUAAGCUUGCUGCUCUCUUUGUUAUAUGCAUACAGUGCAGGCAAAGUUCUGUGUUAAGAUUCUCUAAGUUAUCCCUUUCUACCUGCAUCAAAUUAACUCCAAAUUUUUAAAUAAUAAAGCUAGUAUUUGGGAUAAAUAUUUAUGGUCAAUGGCUACUUCAUCACAUUUGAUGAAGCUCCUAACAUCACCUGACCUGAUGAAUGCAAUAGUAAUCAAAGAGCUUUUAUCAAGUGAAGUUAAAUAUUGAUAUCAAACAACUACAGCUGAUGAUGUCUGCAUGAAAGAAGUAAAAACUUAAAUAAUUGUUACAAAGAUGUGAAGUUAUGAAUUCUGCAUGGAGAGAAUGUAAACUGUACAGUGUACCUGACUGAGGUUUUAUUUUCGAUGUCUUUACAUGUAUUAAUGCAACUGCAAUAGGUAGUAGUGAACACCCACUUUAAAAUGUACAUAUAAUUUAUUUACAACUAUGUAGUCCCAAACCUUAUUUUUGGUGAUUUCCCAGAUGUUAUUCAAGUUGUGGUAACAGAUUACUCACUACAGUUGAAUGUAAAGUCCCUAACCUAAUCUGUACUUGCAAUAGAAAAUGUGUCUAAAAUGUGUGUGUAGCCUCACAAAGCCCUGUUGUCUUUGACUAAUCU